CAAUUGGAACCGAGGAUCCGGACCCAGCGCCAUCGGUUAUUAAUUAACUGAGUUGCGAUCCACGGAGGCGAAGAACACGUGGCAACGAAAGAGGAACCCAGACAAACUAACAACCCAAGGAGCAUCCCAAAUGAUAAAAUAUCUGAAUAAGGCCCCAUCGGAGGCCACCUUUCGGGGCACGGAGUUUCUCUCGUACGAUCUCGGUCAAACGGGGGGCGAACCGAUCGUCAGCGCACAGGACGCCAUCACGCUCUACUUCCGGACCCGGCAGCCCAACGGAUUGCUCUUCUACACGGGCCACGGGACCGAUUACCUGAACCUGGCCCUCCGGGAUGGCGGAGUGUCGCUUACGAUGGGAUUGUCCAACGGCAAACAGGAGAUGCACAUCAAGCCGGCCCGGGUUCGCUUCGACGACCACCAGUGGCACAAAGUUACGGUGCAUCGGCGGAUACAGGAGAUUUCAUCGAUAACCAGCUUCUGUCGGCUGGUGGCCGUGGUGGACGACGUCUACACCGACCAUUCGCACAUCGCCGGAAAAUUCACCAUGCUGUCGUCGUCCCGGGUCUACGUGGGUGGUGCGGUGAAUCCGCGAGCCUUGCUGGGCGCUCGGGUGCACAACAACUUCGUCGGCUGCCUGCGGAAGGUGGAAUUUUCGGCCGACACCCUACGGUUGAAUCUGAUCGAUUUGGCCCGGACCGGUUCGAAGCUGAUACAGGUUGCCGGACGGGUCGACUAUCAGUGCCCCAGUGGCGAUCCCCAGGAUCCGGUUACCUUCACGACCCGGGAAUCGUACUUGCUCCUUCCGCCGUGGGACGUCUCGAAGCAGGGCAUGCUGUCCUUCAAGUUCCGCACAAAUGAACCGAACGGAUUAAUUAUCCUAAAUACCGUGACGCGCCAGCCGAGGCCGGACUUUUUCGCGGUGGAGCUUCUGAAUGGACACAUCUACAUUCACAUGGAUUUGGGCUCGGGAGCGGUCAAGGUUCGGGCAUCUAGACGCCGAGUAGACGACGGAGUUUGGCACGAGCUAUCGCUGAGGCGCAAUGGACGUGACGGCAAGGUCGGAGUCGAUGGUCAGUGGAACGAUUUUCGAACGCCGGGCGAUUCAACCCAGCUGGAACUGGACAGCCCGAUGUAUUUCGGUGGGAUAGGGCCACCCUAUGCGGAGGUGGUGAUUCCGCCGGCCAUCUGGACUGCUACGUUGAGGCAGGGAUUCGUCGGAUGUCUACGCGAUUUGGUUCUGUCGGGAAAACCGAUAGACAUUGCGGCCUACGCCAGACAGCAGGAUUCGGGGGCCAUUAAGCCGUCUUGUCACGUUGUGGCCAACCAAUGUGGUGGAUCGGUGUCGCCUUGCCAAAACGGAGGACAGUGUACCGAAGGCUGGAACAGGCCGUUGUGUGAUUGUUCGGCCACUCUGUUCACGGGACCAACUUGUGGAAGGGAAUCCGCUACGUUGGCCUUCAACGGGUCGCAACAUAUGGCAAUCUGGAUCGGUGGCAGCCAAGGAACACGAACCCAGACGGAGGAGCUCGUUAUCCGAUUCAAAACUUCUCGCCCUGCCGGUCUGCUUCUGCUAACCAGUGCCGAAUCUAGCUCGUCGGAUCGUCUCGAAAUCGGACUGGUAGCUGGCCGGGUUCGGGCAAACGUAAGACUGGGUGAACGCGAAAAGAACCUGCUGGCCGGCCAGGGUGUCCUCAAUGACAAUAACUGGCACACGGUGAGAUUUUCCCGGCGAGCGUCCAAUCUUCGACUGCAAGUUGACGGGGCAGCUCCCGUCAGGGGUAUGUUAUCGGAAGCAAUCCUGGGCCGACACAGCACCCUGGAGGUGAAGUCGCUGCAUCUGGGUGGGUUGUUCCAUGCGGAGGAGGAAAUCCAGAUGACGGCUGCGAUGCCCAACUUCGUCGGUCAGCUGCAGGGAUUCGUGUACAAUGGUCACCGCUACGUCGAUUUGGUAAAAACGCUUGGACCGGAACUAUCAGCUCUGCCGACAACUUCCUUCAAGUUGACGGCCCGGUUCGUGAAUUCCCCACCCGGAUCUCCCUAUCAACCGGCAACUUACCGCUCAAAGCACUCGUACGUAGGUCUUCCGAUGCUGAAGGCCUAUUCGUCCGUUUUCAUUGACUUCCGAUUUAAAACGCUCGAACCGAACGGAUUGCUGUUCUACAACGGAGGCAAACGAAACGAUUUCCUGGCCGUGGAGCUGGUUAAUGGACACAUCCACUAUGUGUUCGAUUUGGGUGAUGGACCGAUCACCAUCCGUGACAAGGCAAGGAUCCACAUGAACGACAACCGCUGGCAUUCGGUUAGCAUUCGACGGCCGGGACCCAAGACACACACUUUGGCGGUGGAUGAAUCGAUCGAGAUCUACACGGCAAGCGGCAACAAUAUGCACCUGGAGUUGGAAGGAAUUCUGUAUGUGGGAGGUGUAUUCAAGGAUAUGUAUACAAGACUACCGUCGAGCAUUGCAUCGAGGAUCGGCUUCGAAGGUUGCAUGGCAUCGGUAGAUUUGGCGGAUACUUCACCCAGUUUGACAGAGGACGCUGUGGUGCCAUCUUCGCUGGUGGUGUCCGGCUGUGAGGGACCGACAAAAUGUAGCCAGAAUGCCUGUGCCAAUCGGGGGGUUUGUGUGCAGCAAUGGAACGCCUACGCCUGUGAAUGUGACAUGACCUCGUUCACUGGACCAACUUGUUAUGACGAAUCUAUUUCUUACGAGUUUGGAAACAACAAAGGGUUGAUUCAGUACAGCUUUCCACCCGGUCGGCAACCGGACACUGAGGAAGAUAACAUUGCUCUUGGAUUCGUGACUACCAAAACAGAUGCUGUGCUUCUACGAAUUGAAAGCUCCACGACACAGGAUUACAUUGAAAUGGAAAUUGUCGAAGGAAAUGUGUUCAUGGUCUAUAACGUUGGUUCGAACGAUCUUCCGUUGGGCGAAAUUGGUGUCAAGGUUAAUGACAAUAAUUAUCACGUUGUACGAUUUACUCGGUCCGGGGCUAAUGCGUCACUCCAGAUUGAUGACUACAACGUCCAAACACUAUUUCCCUCGGGCCAUCAAUCAACCGUGUUCACCUCGAUGGCUAACAUUCAGGUUGGCGGUAAGAUCUCGCGCAAUGGCCGAUCGCGUAUCGAGCGCCCCUUCGGUGGGGUCAUUGCCGGACUGUCCGUCAAUCGACUCCGGGUGCUGGACCUGGCGGCUGAACGUGACCCGCACAUUAACGUGCGGGGUGAUGUGCAAUUGGUAACUGGCGUUUUAGAUAGAAAUGACCAAAGAAUGCAGCAGAAUUCUUCGGAUGCUUUCAAGACACCGGCAAGCGGCUAUCCGGGUGUGAUGGACGAUCUGAUCUUCAGCGGAGCAGGAUCUGGCUGCCGGGGAGACGACGAGGAUGAGUGCACACCGCCCUUCGAGAACGGGAGCGGCGAUGAUCUCAUUACGCCGGUCUACGUGCCACCGACAAAGCAAACGACUCCACAGGGUGGCAAAGGUGGCCGCAAGAAGGACGACGGAAAGCUGUGCGACGAUGAGGACUGCAUACAUGGGUCAGGUUCGGGUGAAGUAACGGAGGUGUUUACCACGUCGACGGCCAAGAGCUCAGAAACGAGUCCCGAGAUGACGUACACCACGAUCGACUUCGAUAGGAAAACGGACGGAACGACUACGCUGACGACACAGGGUCGAUCGGAUACGUAUCAACCGAGCGAAACAACUCGGGAGAUAGAUACGACCAGCAGUGGAACGACGGCAUAUGGAAGCAGUAGUAGCUACGGUAGCAGUAGCAGUAGUGGAGGAAGUAGUUCAACCAGCUAUGGAACAACUGUUUCGAUGGGUACCACUACGGGCAGUACGAGUGGAACGACUGGUGGAACUAGCAGUAGGACGACCUUCACUACAGGGUCGACGGCUGGCUCUAGCACCUAUGGUUCGACUACACAGCAACAAACACCUUCAGAAACGACGGUUAGCUACCGCGAUCGAGAUAGGGAUCAUAUUCGAGAAACGACGUAUCCUCAAACACCAUCGACAACCGAAGACGAUGAGGUUAUCGAUGUUAGACGACCUGAACCGGAUGACGAUGAUGUUGAAACCGAUGAGAAGCCGAGUGGUGGUAGAAGACCACCGCCAGUGAAGGUCAUGGAGCCUCCAAAUCCAGAACCAGAACCUCCAUUUAAUCAUCCGCCGGCAUAUUCACCGACAAGGGUACCCAAACAUAAGAGUGGACGAAUCAAUUCGGAAGCAGAGGAACGAACGGCAAUGAUCAUCGGAAUCGUAGCAGGUGCAUUGAUAGCAGUGAUUCUAGUCAUUUUACUUGUGUUGUGGAUCAAGUCCAACGGGGAUCGAUCGUACAAAACGGAACACGACAAGAGUGGACUCUACGGACAGGGACCCAGUGCAGCUCUGUUGGGAGGAGCACACGCCAAUGCACACAACUCCCAUUACAACACACACCAACAGCAACCGCAUCACCAGCAACCUCCACACUACAAUGGCAACGGAAAUGGUGGAGGUGCCAUGGCAGGAAAUGGUCAUCACAAUGGCGGAAGUACGCUACCGUUGAAUGGAUCUUUGCGACACUAUCACAACGGAGGCAACGGAAUGGGAGGAAACAAUGGAGGAGGAGGUGGUGGUGGCGGAGGUAUGGGAGGAGGUGGAGGGGGAAAUAUGGGCAUGGGCGGCGGUGGAAACAUGGGAUACAGUGGAAGCGAUAGGGGCAGCAUGCAAUCCAGUGGAAUGGGUCAAUCACAGAAAUCCAAGAAUCGAAACUCCAAAGACAUAAAAGAAUGGUACGUCUAAAUGAGCUAAAACGCGAAGGGCACACUACUAAAAAAAACACUACCACUCUCAGAAACUCAAAGCAAAGUAAGAUAAACACAAAACAAAUACACACGAGCGCAUCAGAUAAGAGAAA